AAUGAGACCACACAAUUGCCGGCAAAUCUACUUACAAGUGUACAAACAGGUGUGAAUGUAACGCUAUAUAUUGGUAUUUUUGAGUUGUCGGCGGUCAGACAGUUUUUGCUCAUCAAACGCGCAACGUACGAAAAACAAAUGAAAUUUCGGUGAGAUCAACGCAAUAACGAAAUAGUGAAUCGAAGUGUUUGAUUAUGUAAAAUUGUUAAAAAUUGUGAAAAUAAUUGCAUUUUUUUUUUAAUAAAUAAUUAAGAAUUUUAAUUUGUGUUUUUUUUUUGUAAUUGUCAAAAUUAAUGCAUUUGCCUAGUCUUAUAUUAAUGGCCACAGCUCUGCUGUGUGCCGCCAAUGUGCAGGCCUAUCGGUUUUUGGCUGUUCUACACACCGGCGCCAGAUCGCACCACAUCGUCGGCUCGGCGCUGAUGAAGGAGUUGGCGCGUAGAGGUCACCAGGUAACGGUUAUUUCACCAUUUCCACUGAAAAAGCCAAUGGAGAAUUAUGUGGACAUAGAAACACCGCGUAUUAAGGCAGCCAUGGAUAGCACCGCAUCUAAUCUACUGCUAGCUGUCGAGAGGAGUGUUAUAGAGAAUAUGCGGAAUUUCCACGAGAUGGGUCUUAAUAUGUCGCGUACAUUUCUAGAAGAAGCCAAUGUUAAAGCGCUACUUGCUAGUAAUCAGACUUUCGAUGCUGUUAUAAAUGAAAUUUUUCUUUCUGAAGCACUCUUUGGUCUGAGUGAACAUUACAAUAUACCACUGAUAGGUUUAGGCACUUUUGGUGCUCACCCCUGGAACACAGAUAUGGUCGGUUCUCCGAGCCCCCCAUCGUAUGUGGCAAGCGCUAUGCUACCGUUCAGUGAUCGCAUGACGUUGUGGCAACGCGUAGCCAAUUUCGCAUAUAAUAUAUUCGAACGCUUGUUACUCGAUGUCUACUAUUUGCCAAAACAAGCAGCUAUAUAUAAGAAAUAUUUUCCCAACAACAAGCGUGAUAUGUAUGAGGUGCGUCGCAAUGCUGCUUUAGUGUUGCUCAAUCAGCAUGUCUCGCUUAGCUUCUCACGUCCUUAUGUACACAAUCAGAUCGAAGUUGGCGGCAUGCAUAUCAAUCGUAAGCGAUCGCCAUUACCUGUCGAUUUGGAGCGGUUCAUUAAUGAAUCGAAACAUGGCGUAAUCUAUUUCUCGAUGGGUUCCAAUUUGCGGAGCAAAUUUUUACCUCUGGAAAAACGUCAGGCAAUACUUGAAACAUUCCGCGGCUUGAAACAACGUGUGCUAUGGAAAUUCGAAGAUCCACAACUCGAAGGCAAACCGGAUAAUGUGUAUAUUAGUGAAUGGUUCCCACAGGAUGAUAUUUUGGCACACCCGAAUGUGAAACUCUUUAUCACACAUGGUGGCUUACUUAGUACCACUGAGUCCAUUUAUCAUGGCAAACCUUUUAUUGGCAUACCGAUCUUCGGCGAUCAAUUUCUUAAUAUGAAUCGUGCCGAAGCUGGUGGUUACGGCAUAAGGGUAGAUUAUACCAGUUUCACUAAAGACAAAUUCAAAGCUGCCAUUGAACGUAUGGUGAGUGAUGAGAGUUAUGCGAAGCGCGCCGCGGCUGUUUCAGCGACUUAUCGCGAUCAGCCAAUGAACCCCUUGGACUUAGCUGUAUACUGGGUAGAGUAUGUGGUGAGACACAAGGGCGCAAAACAUUUACAUUGCUCCGGACAGGAUUUAAAUUUCAUACAAUAUCAUAGUAUUGAUACCAUGUUGAUCUUAUUUGGUGGUAUUUCUUUGGUGCUUUUACUGUUCAUGUUGCUGAUACGUGCGGUAUGGGGCUGGUUACAAUUUGCGCUUGCCCGCAAGGAUAUCAAGGAGAAGGUACAUUGAAGUGUGAGAAUUAUUUUAUAUAAUUUCGGAAAAUGAAAAAAUUUAAUCUUGUAUUAUUUAGAAGCAUAUAUAGUAAAAAUUAACUGUUCAUAGUUAUGUAGCUGGUUUUAUUGGUUUUAAUAUUUAUAAGUGCUAAAUCUAACAAAGAUAUUAAAUGAUUUAGUUUAAGGAAUAAACUUUUUAAAUAAAAUUGUGAACUUAACGAAACGUUUCACUACG